UGGAGGAUGUCGCCGUCGGGGUGUUUGAGGUUGAGAUUGAAGGCGCCGCGGGGGAUGUCACCAUCAGGGUGUUUGACAUUGAAAUUGAAGGUGCCGCGGGGGAUGUCUCCGUCGGGGUGUUUGACAUUGAAAUUGAAGGUGCCGUGGGGGAUGUCUCCGUCGGGGUGUUUGACAUUGAAAUUGAAGGUGCCAUGGGGGAUGUCACCGUCGGGGUGUUUGAGGUUGAGAUUGAAAGCGCCACAGAGGAUGUCUCCGUCAGGGUGUUUGAGGUUGAGAUUGAAGGCGCCGCGGGGGAUGUCACCAUCAGGGUGUUUGACAUUGAAAUUGAAGGUGCCACGGGGGAUGUCACCAUCGGGGUGUUUGAGGUUGAGAUUGAAAGCGCCGCGGAGGAUGUCUCCAUCAGGGUGUUUGACAUUGAAAUUGAAGGUGCCGCGGGGGAUGUCUCUAUUGAAGGCGCCACGGGGGAUGUUUCCGUCGGGGUGUUUGACAUUGAAAUUGAAGGUGCCGCGGGGGAUGUCACCGUCG